AUGGCUUCGAUGGCCACCCCGACCGGCACCGCCAUUUAUACCAGCGAGGUGUUCAUCACCCCCGAGCACGCCCAGGCCGUCGCCAAAGCGGUCGUCAAAGCCGGCAGGCGCACCGCCCGCGCCCUGAAGGAGGGCUGCCGCCGAGCCCGGCAGGCCUUGCGCCACCUGCCGAGCAAGACCGAGGCCCGUCUCCGAAACGCGCGCAACGACCGGUUCCCGCCGAGCGGCCAGCCGGCGGCCAGGGGCCUGAUCGACGGGGCCAUGGCCGAGGGCGCCAAGCCCCGGCUUCCGCUGGAGAGCCGGCCGAGGGGCAACCUCGUCACCAUCCAGGGCGGCCGAGACAACGUCCCGGGCCUCAGGGGCAACGAGAAGGCCCCGCCCGCGGAGGGCGCCAUCGUGGUCCGCCAGGACGUGGUUGUGUCCUCGAACCCGAUGCCGCAAGGCGCAGCGCCGUCGCCGGCCUGGAUCCAGGCGCGUCAGCAGGCCUCUGACCCGGCCUGGACGUCGCGCUGGUCCGCCGCGUCGUCUUCGGAAGAGGGAGCGGAGGAGGAGCCGUCCCGUCUCUCUGUGGUCUGGAACGCCGCUCUGGAGGGCCUCGGCGCCAUGGUGCCUGCUGCUGGCGUGCGCCAGAGGUGA